AGAGUCAAGGAAUUUGUUUCAUUGGGAAAAGAAAUUUCCAAAAAUUUAUUGAACAAUAUAUUGAACCAAAACCGGGAAAAUUCAUAGACAUUGACAGUGGAGUUGUGGUCGGAAAUCAUGACGGAAUCCAUUUUUGGACAUUAGGACAGAACUGCAGAAUCGGAGGAAUGAAACACAAAUAUUUUGUGGCCAAAAAAGACCCUGACACUAAUGAUAUAUUUGUUGCCUCGAAUACGAAUCAUUCAUCGCUUUACAGCAAUGAGAUGGUGGUUAAGAACACCAAUUGGAUCCGUUGUGAACCACAGGUAUUAUCUGAUGGACAACCAUUUGAGUGCGAGUUUAAGUUCCAGCACACGGAUCAGCCCCAGCCCUGUCUGGUCACCAAAAUAAACACCAAUGAAUUGCAUAUUCAGUUAUAUUCACCGACUCGUGCCUUAACUGAUGGACAGUCAUUUAUAAAGACAAUGAAUGCUUGGGAAGUGCUCUCAUCGACCGCUACUGACACAAUGAGUGAUCAGUUGGACACAUGUGGUGAAGGAUUGAGUGAUGACUCCACUGAUGCCACCAUUGGUGAGGCCAGUGAUGGGAAGGGAGGAAAUGGUGUGAGUGUUGGGCCGACUAUUAUGAAUCUGAAUGACAUGAAGGCGGGAAUGCAAGGUCUGGACUCCGAUCGGAUCAACCAAAUGAUCUUCGAGUGGAGUAAUGGCUCACACUUUCACUCGUUUCAAACGAAACGCCAGAAACGCAUCGAUAAUGAGAUCCAAUACAUGAAGACCCGGUUGAGUCGGAUGACUGAAUGGCAACGAAUGCAAUGUCUGAAAGAGGCGGACAGUGCUGUGAGUCGUCUCGAGGCUCAGAGGAGUAUGACUCGCGUGAUAGUUCACAUCGAUUUGGACAUGUUCUUCGCGGCCGUCGAGACCAAACUGCGACCGGAACUGGUGGGCAAACCGAUGGCAGUGGGGGGAGACAUGAUGUUGGCCACCAGCAACUACGAGGCCCGCAAAUAUGGCAUCAGACCAGGAAUGCCGGGAGCUUUGGCCAAACGCUUGUGUCCGCAACUGAUUAUCAUAUCUCAUAGUUCUGGCAGUUAUUCCAAAGAGAGUGCGGAAGUGAUGAAAAUAAUCCGUGAAUUUGAUCCCAACUUAAAUAGUUCAAUGAGUUUGGACGAGGCGUACAUCGAUUUAACCGAUUAUGUUGUGGACACCUAUUGUCAUCGACAUCCAGACUUCGACAGACAAUCACUUAAUGGAUGUAAACAACUGCCGAACUGUUUGUGGGAUUUGGCGGCAGAGAUUGUCUCCAAUUUAAGGCAACGGAUCUUAGAUGAGACACAACUGAGUGCCAGCGCCGGCAUUGCGUGCAAUACAAUGAUAGCCAAAGUGUGCUCUGAUAUCAACAAACCCAACGGUCAGCACAUGAUUCGCGGCAAUAGACUAGAGAUCGAGAACUUCUUAGAAAACACUGCCAUUAGAAAGAUCUGUGGUAUUGGACCCGUUAGGGGACAGUUCUUGACAGCAUUAGGCCUUAAGACCUGCAAAGACUUGUACUUCAAACGUGAUAUAAUUAGGUUUGCUUUCACUCAAUACAACGCUGAGUACUAUUUGAGUGUUGGGUUAGGAGUUGGAAGACAUGUGAUCGCCAAAGAUGAAGAUGAAAGGACACGAAAGAGCAUCAGUUCUGAGCGCACUGUCAGCCAAAUCAGUUCAUUUGAAGCCAUUUCUGAACUAUUGGCUGAAUUGAGCGAAGAGUUGUCCGAAGAUCUGAACUCUAAGAACCAGAGCUGCAAAACAGUGACGAUUAAGCUUAAGAAAGUCACUUUUGUCGUUACCCUCAGAUCCCUUACGCUUCCGUUUCAUACAUACGAUUCGGAGACUAUAUUGAAUGUCGCAAAGAGUUUAUUGCAGACAGAGCUCAACAACACUCCUCCAGAGUGUCGCAAAUAUAGACUAAUUGGGCUUAAAGUUUCAAAUUUGAUAACCAAUGAACCGAUUAGAAAGUCAUCGCAAAUGACUUUAUCUCAAAUCUAUAGAGCGUUGAAAAGCAAUUCAAAUAAAGAAACCAAAGAAAUGAACCAAAUUUGUGAUGAAACAGAAAAGGAGUCUAAAGUGGAAGCAGAAGCAAAGGUAGCCAAAGAGGACAACGAGACUAAGGAGUCGUUGGCCAUCAAUACAACCAAUGAUAACAAAAACACGAAUAUG